AUGUCUCAAAAUCAGAAGUCGGCCUUGGAAACCGCUCAGCAAGGAUAUAUCGAGGAUAAUAAUGACUUUCUCCAGCGGAUGCGCACUGCUGGGAGCGUUCAAUUACCAGCGGAGCUGUUUGAACAGCUGUAUUUGGCCCCUCAGAACCGUGUCAAAGGUCAUCUCCGGCAGACAUUUGGGAACCCAACACCGAUCGCUUUAGGAGGCUUUCUCAUGUGCUCGACAUCAUUGUCGAUGGCCUUACUUGGAUGGCAAGGUGCGGGUGGGCUUGGAGCCGCCAAUCUAGGAGCAUACCUGUAUGUCGGUGGAGUUACUCAGUUUCUUGGAGCAAUCGGGGAAUGGAUUUUAGGGAAUACCUUCCCCGCCGUUGUAUUUUUCCUAUUUGGCGGCUUUUGGCUGGCAUUUGGUACCGCAAUCGAUCCUACCACUGGAGCAUCUGCCGUGUAUUCUCCGGACCCCAAAGUACCAGCUGAAGGACUCGUUGAGCCUGCUUUCUUCGCUACCUUUGGGUUCUUCCUAGUGACCUUGGCCAUCGUUGUAGCCUUCUUCACUAUCGCGAGCCUCCGCACAAAUCUAGUCUUUUUUAUGGUUUUCCUGACCCUAACACCAUCAGGUAAACGAACAUUCCGAUCUUACAAAGAAGGCACUACUGACGCAUUUACCCUAGUUUGUUGCCUUGCAGCUGCUUUUUUCGCACUGGCAAGUGGUCUUGCUGCUGCUGCUGCCACAUAUCAGCAUGUCGGUGCCAUUUUGCUACUGGUAGUUAGUCUUAUGGGCUGGUACAUAUUUCUCUCCCUCAUACUGCUAGCAGUGGACUUUCCCUUCUGGCUACCUAUGGGAGAUUUGUCAACCAUUAUAAAGGGCUUCAAUGAUAAGAAGACAUCCGAAGGGGAUGUCUAG